AUGGCCAGAGCCCUCGACGGCACGGACUAUCUGCUCACCUUCGCCUAUUCCGAGCUCUACCGCAAUUCAAUAGUUGCCAACAUACGCGGCACGCCUGGCGCCACCCUCCGCGCCGAGCCUGAAGGGGACGCGGUGGGCGUGCUGCUGGACUGCGAGCGCCGCGAGGUCGCCAUGUGGGUGAACGACCGCUGCCUGGGUGUCGUCUUCCGCGCGGUGCCGCUACCCCUCACGCCGGCAGUGCAGGUGGAGGCCGGCCAGGCCUGCCAUUUGGGCUCCGCGGCC